GCCUCGCCUUUCGUUUUCAACAUACCACUCUCCAGAGUCCAAAACCCUACGCCCCGCGCCACCAUGCUGCGCCUCGCUGCCGCCGCCGCCGCCUCCGCCUCCCGCCGCGGCGCGCUGGGGGGACUGCGCCCGCUCUCCUCCCUCCAUCCGUCGCACGCAGACGCCGCCGCCGCCAGCGAUGAGGUGCUCGUGGAAGGAAAGGCCAGCGCGCGCGCCGCCGUGCUCAACCGCCCCGGCUAUCUCAACGCCCUCACCACCAACAUGGGAGCCCGGCUCAAUAAGUUUUAUGAGUCAUGGGAGGACAACCCAGACAUUGGCUUCGUCAUGAUGAAGGGCAGCGGCCGAGCGUUCUGUGCUGGUGGGGACGUUGUUAAAUUGCGCGAUCUUAUCAGUGAAGGCAAGUUGGAGGAAUGUAAGGAUUUUUUCAAGACCUUGUACAUGUUCAUUUAUGUUCUAGGCACCUACUUGAAACCGCAUGUUGCCAUUCUUGAUGGUGUUACUAUGGGUGGUGGAGGAGGUGUUUCCAUCCCUGGAACAUUUCGCAUUGCAACUGAUAGAACAGUUUUUGCAACUCCAGAAGUUCAUAUUGGAUUCCAUCCUGAUGCUGCGGCCUCCUUUUAUCUGUCACAUCUAACCGGUCAUGUUGGGGAAUACUUGGCCUUGACUGGUGAAAAACUAAAUGGAGCGGAUAUGAUUGCACUUGGCCUUGCUACACAUUAUUCCAUGAGUGGCCAUCUUGAUCUAGUUGAUGAACGACUUGCAAAAUUGGUAACUGAUGAUCCGUCAGUUAUUGAUUCUUCCCUUGCACAAUAUGGAGACAUGGUUUAUCCAGACAAAACAAGCAUUGUUCACAGGCUGGAGGUUAUAGAUAAAUGCUUCAGCCAUGAAACAGUUGAAGAGAUUGCAGAUGCUUUGGAAAGUGAAGCAGCUAGGUUGAAUGAAGAAUGGUGUACCUUGGCACUAAAACGAUUGAAAGAGGCCUCUCCACUAGCUUUGAAGGUCUCACUCCGAUCGAUACGUGAAGGUAGAUACCAGACACUUGAUGAAUGCAUUGUUCGUGAAUACCGCAUGUCAAUCAACGGAAUCUCAAAGCAAUUUUCUCAUGAUUUUUGUGAGGGUGUUAGAGCACGACUAGUGGACAAAGACUUAGUUCCAAAGUGGGAUCCUCCUGCCCUUGAGUACGUUUCAAAGGACAUGGUCGACGCUUACUUCGCACCUCUAGGUGAGUUUGAACCUGAGUUGAAGUUACCUACGGAAUCGCGAGAGGCAUUCGUAUGAUCACGGAUCAUUCCAGUGACCAGAACCUGAUUAAAACGUGUCAUCACAAGAAGCCAUUAUUGUUGGCUGCACAAACUGUUACGAUGGAGAAACUAUUCAUGUAUAUUGUACGCCUUGGCGUAUUGAAGUUUGAGCGCCAAGGGGCAUUUAUGUUUCUUUAUCAAUAUUUACCAUAA